UCCGCAGACGCUAGUGUGUAAACAUAUUUGAACAUCAAGUUGUAUGUACUUUUUUCUAUGACAUAAAUAUGGGGCAGUACCUAAAUAAUAGUAAAAAGUAUAUGUUUUAAUUAAUUAUAUGUUUGCCCUUUGUGAAUACAAUUAUAAAUUAUGAAUACAUCUCACAAAGGCAAAUCAACUAAGCUUAAGCAAAUGAGUAUUACUGAUUCAUUUAUGAAGGCAAAAUUGCAUAAUUUUAAGGCACAGAAAACAUUUAAUACUUCAGAGUAUGUGAUCUGUAUUGACAGUGAUUCUGAUGAAAAUGACCAAAACUCUAAUAAUAAUGAUUCUUGUGACAGCAUAUUGUCAGAUUGUUCUGACAAAACGAUAUCAUAUGAAUAUGAAACCAGCAUGACAGACGCUUAUUUUACAUCAUUUUCUACAAAAGAAUCUUUAAGUAUUGAACAAGAUGGUAAAAACAUGGAACGGCUAAUACUAAACUACUUAGAGGAUUCCCAGGAUAGUUCACAAUAUGUUAUUAGUGAGUCAUGUUCUACUUCAGAGAUAUUCAGAGAAACAGAUCAAGAUAAAGUAGGCAAGCAACAUGGUUUUAAUUCCAAUACUAGCAAAGAUAAAAUAAACUCUCAGGCUAAAGACAACAUCGAUAUCUUUCAAAAUGAUGAAAAAGCAAUGAAAGAUCAAAUACAUAAGCUUCAAGUUAUGAAUAAAAAAGAUGUGACUAUAAAUCUUAAGGAACAAAAAUUUGUUAAAAACAAAGGGACCAAAAAAAUUAAUAAUAGCAAGCAAGUGAUUACUACCAAGACGUUAAAGAAUUUUAAACUGAGCACUGAUAAACAAAUAACCCAGGACCUAAAUCAGAUGAGUGAUGUAUGUACCUGGCAACAAAAAUUGUUCAUAUCUGCUCUACCAAGAUCCCGAUCAGCAUUUAAUGACACAUUACAACAGAGUGAAUCAUUCAAUAUUUUUAACCAAAGCUGUAGCGACAACAACGUAUCUACAAAUAUAAGUUAUUGUUCUUCAUCUACUGUGACUACAAAGCGGAAACCACAAAUAUUUGAUAUAAAAGAGGAAAAUCAAUUUCAGUCAAGACAACUUACCGAGAUAAAGGCACUUUUUAACAUGGUCAUAGAAAAUAAACAAUUAUCGAACCUUCUUACUCGAGAAAGCGAACACAUCAUCACCCAAUUUUUACAAAUGAAAGAGACACAUCAAUAUGUUGUCAUCAAAUUAUUUAUAUGGAAAAAAAUUUGGUAUAACGUUUUUAAAUUUUGUAAAAAAGCCCAGAUUGUCGUAGAUGAGAACAGGAUUUUAGAUAUUUUUAAGUUUCUUUCCGAGAUCAAAUUUGUAUUAACAGAUUUUAAGCACUCGGACUCUAUUGACACUCUUUUGAAACAAUUAGACAGAAAGCAAGUGAAAGAAAUCAUGCAUGAAUUGAAAAUAGCCUCAAAGAAAAGUACUAAAGAUGAAAUGAUUAAGAACAUACGUAAAGCAACAACUAGGCAAACUACAUUGUCCAAAGUUACUCUUAAGGAUUUGGUCUUAAACAAAAUAGAAAAGAAAAUGGGCCUAGCCGUAAAACUGGAUGAUAUAGUUACAGACUCCUUCCAGAAUGCCUUUUUGUUGGCGACGUUUGCCAAUCCAGAUUUGCAUAAAAUCGAAGAUUUUUUUAAAACUAUAAUUUAUGAUAGAUGCAUCUACCCUGUCACGCCACUUCAGGACUAUCUGGUGUUUUCGUCAGAAGAUAAAUUUACGGCUUACGCGCAGGCGUUAAAAAUUAGUGAAAAACUUGAGAAAUGUCUUACUAACCAGUCUAAGGAGGAUAGAAAUGGUGAUAUACACAAUUUGGGCCUCCACAUUUAUAAUCUCCUUCAGUCGUUUGAUUUAAAUACUACCUCAGAACACUCGAAUGCCCCUCAUUUAAAACGCUUCACUGCAGAACAUGUAUACUCAAAUAUUCUGACUAUGUGUUGUGAGAAAAUUUUUACAAAACAAAAUGGUUUUCCAAAUACAGUUAAGACUUGGCUCGAAUAUUUGAUUAGGAGAUUUCCACAUUCGACUAAAAUUGGUAAAUGGUACCAACUCUUAAUAUGGUUGAACAUGAGGCACUUGGAGCCCAUUAGUUUUGAGACGAGUGCGCAACUUCUAAUAGAAGCGUUUGAAUCUAAAGGAGAUUUGUUAGGAGACCGGGCUAAAGCUGAACUAGGUGAACUUGGCCAAACAUUGAAAUGCAGCAAAAAGUUUAGAAUAAGUCAGAUAUAUAUUAACAGGAUAGCUCAGUUAAUUCCCUUAAAAAUCGACCCAGGAAUAUUUCCCCAUAAUUAUAUCGACUCUAGUUGUCUAAGGUCAAAUGUUUUGGGCAAAAAAAGAGUAUACGUUACAAAAGAGGAAGGAGAAACAACGUACAAAACUGUGGAAGAUGUGGCAUUAGACUACUACAAAAAAAAUGGAUUUACUGGAGGAGAAAAGUGUGAAGGAUCCCUAGUAAGAGGCUUGAUGAUACUUGUUUUUUGGGACAUAAUUUAUGAGCCCCAAAUAGCAAUUCCGGGAAGUUUUGUAAGCAAGUUUCAAAAAGCUCCUCUAGACUUUAUGACACCGUAUUUUUUUGAAAACAGAAAGGAGGCAAUCAAUGUUCGCUUAAAAGAAAUUGAAUCUGGAUGGCCGGAUGAAACACUUGAGAAUUUCGCUACUAAUACUUAUAUAGAACAUUUUGAUGAGUGCUCCGCUUAUGGUGUAAUUCAUAACAUGAUUAGGGACGUCGCUAUUGUGAAAAUAUUGUUUGCCGUAAUCAACAGGAAAGUUUUAGCGAAAAUUUUUGAAAGGUUAAUCAAAAAUACUAGAGAGUUUAGCAGCGGCAUGCCAGAUCUACUGAUCUGGGACGUAGAAAAACAGAUUCAUAGAUUUGUCGAAGUAAAAGGCGAAGGUGAUCGAUUGUCCAUUAGUCAAAAACUAUGGCUGACCUACUUACAAGAAAUUGGUGCUUAUGUUGAGGUCUGUAUCGUCCAUUCCAUCGGGUCUAAAAGAAAGAAGCCUAAAAAACUUCAGGCGGAGGCUAAUAUUUCGGCACAAGAUGUAUCCGAAUAAUUUUAGUUUUAAAUAGCAUGUUAAUUGUUUUAUAUAUUUCUACUUUGAAUUAAAGUUUAUUUUAAAGUU